AUGACGAGUUUUUCUGAUCUUUCAUUGGAUUUGAUAUGGGAGAUUUUCGCUAGGGUUCCGUUAACAUCUCUAAGCGUAGUGCGAUCUACCUGUAAAAACUGGAACGAUUUGACCAAAGAACAGAUUUUAGGGCAAAAAGUAGCAGCAAAGAGUCAGUUUCUGGAGUUGACGAUGAUAAACUCUACGGUUUCUUCCUUUAGAUUCGACUUCCAAGAAAUCCAGAACAAAGACGACCAAGACUUGUUUGAUCAUCUCUCCAUGAAGCAAAUAACUAGGCAAACCAGAUGGAUUCAACCCAGAAACGAAUUACGAAAUUGGGACGGGUAUGCUCUCGGAUACGACAAGAACAACCGUAACCACAAGAUCUUGAGGCUUUUUAAUGAUUACUACAACAAGAAGAACAUCCUCAUCGAUGUAUACGAUUUUAGCACUGAUUCAUGGAGAGAUGAGAAGCUAGCUGUGUCAUAUUACAAAUCUGAAGAUCCCUGGAUAGUAGAGAUUUUGAUUUCGAUUAAGGUUGAGCCCAAUGCGGUCUCGUGGAGCAGUUUUUUGACACUGGAUUUGGGUCUAAUCAAUGCUGUACCGGAUAAUUUUCUUACUACUAGCUUUAAACCUAUGUGCUUUUUCAUUGACGAGGAGACGAAAGUCGUUGUGCUUUUUUAUAAAGUCGGAUAUGACAGAGAGGCUGGGACCUUUCCCUACCGAAUGGCUUACAUUGCUGGAGGAGAUGGUUACUUCAAAUCUGUCAACACCGGAUUAGCUUUGAAUCCUUCGGUUGCUCAUGGCAAACUUGUGUGCUCUUCUUAUGUUCCAAGUUUAGACUGUUUAGUGCAAGUUUAA